AAAAAUCUUUCAAUUAAAUUCGUUAAACACGUGUACGUAUUUGAACACUUUAUCGUGAUUCGGGUCGUGUCGUGAACGCACAUAGUAGCUACCCAGAGCGCUAUAGUAUUUCUAUUGUUAUUGUAUUUAUCUAGUAGGCACUUGUAUGUCAGAGAGUUGUUAGUUUUCAACGGACUUAUCUACGAUAAACCCGAUUGCGCGUCUUGCUAACGUUUAACUAAAUUAUAUAUUUUUACAGAUAGAUAAGGGAGCUGAAAAGAUUACAAUUAAUCGAUUCGUGUGAAACACAUGUUGUUAUAAAAUGAUAAUUGAAAACAAAUGUGUGUGAUUGUGUAAAAAUGUUAAAUUUUUUGAUAUGGAAGCGGGUUCUAAUUAUUUUGAACGAAAGUACGGGCCGGCUUCGAGGAGGAGGUCACGGCCUAAAGUAUUGAGUAACUAUACGAAAUUCCUGAAGAAUCUUCACACGGAGCAGAUUGCGAAGCUCCACGCCAAGAACCAGCAUGAGUGCGACUUGUUGGAAGAUCUCCGCACUUACACCAUCAAGCGGUCAGCUAUCGAGAAGUCAUACUCCGAGGCAUUACUGAAGAUCUCCUCUGCGUACCUGAAUAAGAAAAUUCCAAAUAUCCCGGACAUCAAAGUAGACGGAGCCGAGGAAAAAUGGAACAUGUGGAACGUAUGGCGGACGGUGCUGGAGGAGAACGAGAAGCUGGCGCGGGCGCGGCUGGCGGCCGUCGAGGUGUUCCAGCAGCAGAUCGCAGACGAGGCCAAGAUACUGCGCCAGCACAAGAUCAACGUCGCUAAGAAGUGCACGGACUCGCUUGCGCAGGCGCACAAGGAAUUGCAGCUGACCGUGGUCGACGUGGACAAGACCAAGAAACUGUACUUCGAUGAGGAGCACACUGCCCACGACGUGAGGGACAAGGCUAAGGAUAUUGAGGAAAAGUUGAAGAAGAAGAAAGGCUCAUUCUUUCAGUCCAUAACGUCGCUCCAGAAGAACAGCGCCAAGGUGUCCUCCCGCCGCGACCAGCUGGAGGAGAAGUCCACGGGCGCCAGGAACGACUACCUGCUCAGCAUUGCCGCUGCUAAUGCGCAUCAAAACCGCUACUUCCUAGUGGAGCUGCAGUCAUGCAUGCAGAACAUGGAAUCCUCAGUGUACGAGAAGGUGUCGGAGUUCCUGACCCUCAUGGGGCGCACGGAGCUGCUCACCUGUUCCGCGACCCAGCACUCCUUCGGGAAGAUCAGGGACCAGGCGCAGCAGCUCACGAGGGAUUACAACCUGCAAUGCGUGUAUUUGUACUAUCCGGUGCUGAAGCAACAUAUACAGUACGAGUUUGAGCCCUGCGACAACGACCCGGUGGACACUGUGACCAUCGAGCACGACUCCGUGGCGCUGACCCUGGCUCAGGAGGCCCGCCGCUGGGCCACGAGGGUCGUGCGUGAGACAGCGCUCGUCAGGGACGCCACGCGCAAGCUACACAUGUACCAAGCUAUGAGGGACGCUGGCCAGAAGGUCGAUCCAAAUGAUCCAAACGGGCCCGAGUUAGAAGUGAGAAUGGACGACUUGAGAGCGAACAUCCGUCGGUCAGAGACGUCGAAGGCGAAGUACGAAGCACGACUGGAUUGCCUGCGUGUCAGCGGCGCCCCUGUGGACGAGUGGCUGAAAGAAGUAGACUUGCUGGCGGUACAAGAUACGUUGCCGCGUAGCAGUAGUUUGCUGAGCGUGAGAACUGACGCUUCUGGUGCGGCGGAUCAACCCAGUUCGGAUUCGUUCUACGACAGCGACAAUACAGAAGGCGAGGCAGCCACAACAUCCGCUGUAGCCGGCACCAGCGGACACCAGCGAACUACGUCAGGAUCUCAGCAUGAAGAUGAUCAUGACGAGGAUGUAGAUGCAGUGUUAGAAGAGGAGCGUAUGCGCAUUGAACAGUUAACAGUCGGCUGGGAUGAUCCCACGCAAGUGAACUGGGGCGAACCGGAGGCGGAAACUAGCGCUCCAGAGACCACGGAGCCGCCCGCAGCCCCGCUCUACAAGUGCACAGCACUCUACUCUUACACUGCUCAAAACCCCGAUGAGUUGUCGAUAAUCGAGAACGAGCAACUUGAGGUCGUCGGUGAAGGAGACGGCGACGGCUGGCUGCGGGCCAGAAAUUACCGGGGGGAGGAGGGGUACGUCCCGCACAAUUACUUGGACGUGGACAGAGAACAGACAUCAAGCGCUCCUGGACUCGUCUCGCAAAUAUCGUUCUCUUCAGUAGACUACACCGUCGAGGGUGAAGACGCCGAUGUGGUUCAAUCUCCAGAUCAGAUCUCGGUGAUAUCAGCCCCGGUCGCAAAGCCAGAAGAACCAAAAGUUGAGGAACCGCCGAAGGAAGAACCACCCAAGACAGAACAGCUAGAAACAUUGGGAUACUGCUUUGCCUUGUACGAUUAUGAUGCGGAGGCACCUGAUGAAUUGAAUUUGGAGGAGGGUCAGAUCAUUCGCAUCGUGUCCCGCGACGCGCACGGCGUCGACGACGGCUGGUGGCGCGGCGAGGCCAAUGGCGCCGUCGGCAACUUCCCCUCUCUGAUAGUCGAGGAGUGUGAUGAGAACGGUGAACCCCUAAGUGGUGGUGAAGACUGGACACCGCCGGACUCUGCCCCACCCGUCUUCGCUUCUCCCCCUACCUCGCCCCCCGGGGCUGGUUUCGAAGACGAACUCAUCAUGACGGACAACAACAACAUCAAGAGCGCGGCUCCCCCCGCGGAGCCGCCACCGCCGCCCCCCGCCGACCUCGGGGACUCCAUGGACAGCCAGCCUGACUUCAGCUUUAACUUAGAACUCACUAGGAAUCAGCACGAACUAUACGACCUGCAGUUCAAUGAGUCGCAAGGCGAGACCUCCAUGCCCGCCGUCACUAUUGUUGUCGAUGAGGUUCUUGGUGACAAUUUAGAGGAAGAGGAGGAGGACGAACUGGUGUUGCCACCGAGCAAGCCUGUGCCGCCGAAAGUUGAACUGCCAGCGGACGACUGCGGGCUCGGCGUGGGUAUCGUCAUCACGGCCGCCACGCCCAUGGUGGAGGAGCCCGACCAACCAUUCCCGCCUCCGGAGCCCGAACACCCAGAAGACCCAGAAGACGAAGAAUCAUCGCUUUCCGAGCAGACUGCGGUCUGCUUGCGCGACUCGGACGAGGGCCACGCGGACGCUGCACCUCACCCGGCGUCUAGUUCCACGGCGUCGGAAGGAGAGUCGACCGGGGCGUCGGUCGCGUCCGGUCCCCCUACCGCCCCUCAGUCCCCGCCCUCCGCCCCGCGAGCUGGCCGCGCCUCCAUCCCCGAUGAGCUAGAACCGGCACAACUCGCUAGACUCACUGACCUUAAGGAAUCCAACGCUUAAGGUGACGCAAUGUAUUGACGAUUGAACAGCGUGCCAGCACUGCCACACUUUAAAAACUGGGCUUUUAGUCGUGAAUUGCGUAACAAUUGUCAGCCCGAAAAUAUCUAAGUGAUGUCUCUUUUUGCUGAUAGAAAACCAGUCUGAUUCCGCAAUACCUAUUCCAGCGCGCAGUUCCAGGAUAUGAUCAAUAUAUUCCAGAAUAACAAUGCUUCUGGCCGCUGUUUCCCAUCGUCUUUUGACUGACCGUUUCUCUGCUCUGCGAUUUAUUACUGUAUUUACUUGUUGCGUAUGCGAGUAUGAAUAGAUUGCUAUCAAGGAAUGUAACUGCGAUUGUGUUAGCCCCACGGUGGAAUGCCGGCUUUAAAACAACUUAUUCAUAAAUAACAUUUUACAACAGUCACUGCCUUGUUUAAAUUGACUAUUUCGAUCAUUUAGAGAACUUGUAAUUUUUGUCAAUAUUGAUGUUACUCGUAGUAAUGUUACUAAUACUUUGUUACUUAAAAAACUAGAUUAUAUUUCCGUUUAAAGUAGGUGCCUACUGUAACUUAACGUAGACUAAUUGCUUUGUAGGUAUUUAGUAGAAAGGCCUCAUGAAAAUGUUAUUUGAAUGCGUAUUUUAUUGGUCCAGAAUUCUCUAGAGGGACGGAGAAACUUUCCAUUGGAUUACACGCUUUUAACGCGAUUGUUAUUAUAAAGUAUUAGAACCACUACUUUUAUUCCCGAGGGCAAACGUGGCCUAAACUUAGGUUUUCUGUUAUUAGUUAUGUACGGUUAAGCUGAGAUUAAAAUUAUCAUAGUACCUCCGGGAAUCACCUGAAUUGACAUAAAACUAAGACUUUAGAAAAUUUUGAACUGCCGCAAAAGGGCCCAACGUACAUAUGUGUAUGUAAGAGAUUUACCAACAUGUUUAUCUAUCAUACAAGCAAUGUGAUGUUGAUUUAUAUUUUUAAUGUUUUCAACCAUCUUACAUUCUUAAUGAGAACGUUUCAAAAUGUUUAAUUUUGCAAUAAACAACCCUUUAUAUGAUAGGGACGUACAUAACUUCUGCCUUGUGGUCACUCACACACAAAAUCUUGUGCUAUGCAGCGAGAAACGGUCAAAAACAUUAAAGUAUUUGUAUAUACCUAGCGAUUAAUACUUUAUACUAGACUAUUAUUGUACACGACUAGUACCUGUUAAAUAGAAACCGUGAAGAUGGGAUCAUGUUUGGCUUGAGAAUUGUUUCGAUUUUUACUUUUAACGGCAUUUUAGAAUAGAACGACUCAUUUCCGUAAAUGUCGUGAGAGGCGAGUAAGGCAAUAGGCAUAUUCCUCUUAUCCAUUGAUUUUUUGCAACAACCUCGAUCUAGUGAUCUGGGAGGACGCAAUCGGCAAAAAACUUCAUUAAUUCCCUUUCUAUUACUAUAUCAUUGUGUUUACAAAUUAUUCAUUCAUUCUUUAAUGAACAUAAUAUGCAAUGCUCAAGCCAACAUGAGAAAGUGCGUUGUAAUAUUAUCCAUUCAUUGAAGACUUCAUAAUAAUGGGAACUCUAAUGAAGUAGUGUAGGCUAUUGCAGGGUGUUACACCCUUCUCAAGACGAAAUGUUUGUGUCUACCUGGUUUCUUAAAAAAUCUCAUGCACUAUUUUCUUUUUUUCCCUAAUAUUUAACAAAGGUUAUUUUAAAAAGAAAUUAUCUUUUCAGAAUAAGUUAUUAAAAUCAAUUUUUCAUCCUACCUUUUUAAAUAUAAAUCGUUUCCUUCGUAAAAAUGUUUUCUACCUUUAUUUUCAAAGAUUCAUAUUGAAAUUUUUCCGAAAUAAAUUUUAGUUCCUUCCAAUCAUUUCUCUUCUUUUUAAAUUGCAACAUACUCCACCUUGGCCAAAUAAGACACGCACAAGACCGUGUUUAGUUUAAUUCACUACACCAGUAUUCACCAAUUACAUUCAUUGAUGAUCUUUUUUCAAACUUGACUAUCGUUGUUUAAGAGAAAAAUCACCAUGGGUCCAUUGUUUCGUGACAUGACCCCUCUACUAGACUUUUGUAGUCAUUAAAAGCAUCUAGCACCAGUGCAAUUAUGUUAAUUUAUUAUAGUUAUAGAACAUUAUUUACCUUUGUUAAAAUAACGUUUCUAAUAACAUAUGAAGUCAAUAGUAAAUAAAAAAAAGUAACUUUACAAUUUUGUGCGUCGCGGGCUGUUAAAGUUAUUAAACGAAUUGACUUACUGUCUUAAGUAUAGCACAUACUUAAGACAGUAAGUCAAUUCGUUUACAGUUUAUUCGUAAACAGAAAGUUCCAACUGGUAUUACAAAUAGCUUAUGAUACACAUUACUAAGUUCCAAAAUUUAAUUUGGGAUAUUUAAAUUUAAAAUUAUUUAUAAAACUUUUUGCCCGUGGCAAACGAAGUUGAUAUAUUCUACAAUAAGAAAUGAUUGUCGUUUGCAUGUUAAGAUAUGCUUAUUUUAAUACAUAACAAUUGGAAGAAAGUUAGUGUGUGUUUCUGAGCAUUAUCUGCCAGUUCACGCUUAAACAUGACUUUGAGGCAGCAACGAAGUGAAUGCAUCAUUACUAAAUAAUUAAUUAUUCUCAAAUAUAAGUUUACGGUAGUAUUUUAAGACUCCAAGGCGGCGAUAACGUGAAUGUAUUUCUUAUCAAUUGUAGUUCAAAUAUACCUAAGUUUCCUUCACCUUAUAUGUUGUAUGUUAUACAAUAAGACAUUUUAUUGUAGUUGGUAGUUAAAGAAUAUGCUAAUCUUGUUAAUAAUUUAACAAUUCGCAAAUGUAGAAGUGCGUUGUUAGCAAUAUAUGCUAAUGCACAUUUUAAAUGAAACGAGGCAGCGAUAAAGUGAAUGUAUUUCUUCUUAAUUUCAUUUGAAAUACAGGUUUAUUGUUGGCAUUUUGAAGUAUAUGCUUUUUUUUGUUAAAAAUUAAGCAAACGCAAUAUUUUAUGUGAGUUGCGAGCAUUAUUUGCUAACGCACAUCUUAAAAUGACUUCUGACAGGGAAUAAAAUUAUUUUAAAUUUUAUUUAAAAUAUAAGUUAAUUAGGUAUAUUGUUAUGUUUAAUUUAUUUACAAAAAGACGUAAAAAUUUCACUUACGGUACUCAUUUAUUUGUAUUUAUUAAAUGUAAGUAGUUACCUAUAAUAAUUUUACAUAUUUACUUACGUAAUUGUAGAAAGCAUAUUUUUUGCAAGAUUAAGAUUACCACCUAACCGGUGUAGGAAAAUUUAUGUUAGCAAAUAAAUUAUCUUUUAGUCAAAUAUCAUACUAAAGUAGAAAUAAUGGAGAAGUUUGUAGCACUCUGUAGAAUAUUUUAUCACUGUAUCAAAAUUUGCACACAAGUUGACUGUUGACUCAUACAAACCGCGUUGUUUGUGAUAAAUACAUUACUUAAUUUGUAAUUCAUAAAUAUACAGUAACUAAGCAUCAAAAAGUUUGUGAAGGAUUUUCAUAGAAAUUGACUAAAAUACAUCCCUUGCUUCGAUUUGAUUGUUAAAAUAAACCAUUACGUAUUUAAAAUUAUGAUGUUGUUAUAUUACCAUAUGUGCAGAUACUACAUUCAAAAGGUCACUUAACUAUUUGACGCGGAAUGUACAUAAGUGUUGCUUUACAUAGAGGAACUGAUGGUAGUAGAAGUUAGACCGAGUGCUGAGAUUAAGCAAAAUGUAUUACAUAAUAUAUGUUUAAUAAAUCAUUUAACUACUUGAACAUUAUUAUUUUAUUUCGGUGAAUUUAGCGGUGUUUCCAUAAAAAGGCGAACAUAUAAGAGUUAUUUACUUUUUGGGGAUUUACGGGAGUAAAAAUGAUACUAAGAAUCAGAAUUAACAUAUUUUGACAUCAUGGUUACCAAAUUUCACAUACAUUUGUCCCAUAGACCCCCAUCAUCAGGCAACAAUUAUGGAUUUGAAGUGACCUAAUUUUUACAGGCUGAUUAUUUCAUUAUGAAAAAAAAUUUUAUGGAAUUUUUUUUGAUAAAGUAUUUGAAUUAGCAUAAUCUCAGCAGAACGGUUAGUGCUAGUGUUAGUUAUAGUGCUCUGAUAUAUUUGUAUACUAUAUGAUGACAUUACGUUAUACUAUGAUAGUUUAAUCUAUUCGACGGUUCCGUAUAAAUGGAAGGAGACAUAAUUUAUUUUUUUACUUAAGCAUUUCGUGUGACCACAAAACUCAUGACCAAACAGCAAACAUACUUGUAAGAAACGAUUUGAUUGGGUACUGUUAGUUGAAUUUGAAUUUUCCAAGUCUAAGUAGUUUCGUAGUCUAAUAGUUUCGUAGAUAUUUUAUGUAUGAUUACGGAUUACUUUAAUCACAGUUAUAUAAAUUGACGAUUUUAACUCUAUCUCUCAUCUUGGCGUGUUCCUACUUGCACCCUCUGCCCUCUGCUUCGUUCGACGAUAUAUAAAUAUAUUCAUUUAAAUUUACUGAACAAUUAUUGAGAUGAUGAUAUUGACAGGCCUAAUAAACAGUUUGUGAACUCAACAGGAAUUAUUUAUCGCAGCUUUUUACUAAAGUUCAUUGUUCAACUCGUUUGUUGGUUAUUUUUAUGUGAUUGAAGUAAUUUCAAUACAAUGAAAAGGCGUUUCUGAAGCGCAAGUUUGAGUAGAAGUAUAAAGAGCGCCAGACAAUAAAUUGUCAAAAAUCUCGAUUGUCUUUCUAUAUGUUAUCAUUUAAAGAAAUGUCAAGUUUUAUUCCUAUCAACCCAAAAAAAAAAGUUAAAAAUGACACGCACCGCGAUGCGGCCGAAUUAUUUUGUAUGCAAAUGUAUGAAAUAACACUGCGCCACUCUAUUGUUGCUGGGACCUGACAUGGAAAAACAAAAAUUAUGCGUAAAUUCCAUGAUCUUAUUUAACAUGAAAGUAAUGUGGUCGCAUCGUAGGCGUUACCAAGCUCUGACCACACUGUUUUUGAUAAAUAUUUCUAUACUGUUUUGCAAACGCAUGCGACAAACAAUGUAAUACGGAACCGUAUAUAUAUAGUAAUGUAUAGUUUGGUUCGCGACCGGCAGGAGACAAAUUCUAUGUAUUGUUGCUUAUGUUCCCAACGCCUUUUCGACC